GCGAAAUUUACAGGCAUGUUCCAGAAAUCGUUUUCGCAUGAAAAUGACAAUGAAAUCGUGAGACGGUGUUCUGAAUACCACUUUGCGAUUACGAAUACACAUUUUUCGAACAUGAAAUCGUUGCGAUAUGGCAUGUUCUAGAAAUCGAUUUCGCAAAUUGUUUGACGUUUUGAUAUCGGUCAAAAAUAAGAGCGCGAAAUUAUUGGAUUUAUUGUAUUUCAAGCGGUGAAGCAAGUCUAAAUUAAUACAAAAUAGAAAAUUAUUGAAUUUGCUUGUAAAACUUAAGAUGGGAAAACAUAAAAGCCAAACCCAGGAAAAUAUUUUUUUAAAUUGCUGAGCGCUGCGGAGGCUUUGUGGGCAGACCUUGCCAAAAUGUUAAAUAGCGAAGGUCCACCGCAAAAAGACGUUAACGGCUGGAAGAAAGUAUGGUCCGAUUGGAAAGGCUGCAUUAGAAAGAAAAUCGCGCACAACAAAAACGAAAGCAGAGCUACUGGAGGAGGGCAAUUCAAUAAAUUUUCCCUGACCCCCAGUGAGGAAGAAGUUGCUCGAAUAUGUGGAAUUUACACGGCGGUGGAAGGUAUUGCAAAUAGCGCUUCAUUUGGAGUGAGCGUUAAUUCUGUUGAUGUGGAAAACGAUUCUUUGGAUGCCAUUUUAAGUAUUGAAGAAAUUGCCAGCGGCGGACCAAAGUCCACACCACGCAAACGACGGCAUGAGGACAGUAAAGUGCAAGAUUGUCUCAAAAAGCACAUGGCAAACAGAAGCAGGUGCAGUUGA